GUUGCCAGGCGACCACGUCACAAGCCGCAGGAGCUUGGAGGCUCCCAGUCCAGGGAAACUGAGGGUCUGGGGCCGAGAACUCUAAGGGAGGGGUCGGCUGGCUGGCGGCUGCGCGUUUUCCUGCUCCCCCGUGGGUCCCACUCCAUCUGCCCACCCCAGAUUCAGGUCAGAGAGUGGGAGCGCUCUUGCCCGUAUACACACGCGGAAACGUGCAACCCACACGGGCUUACCGCGUGCUGGCGCACACAGUGGAGCCCACCCCGUCCUCCCCUGCAGGCUGGCGUCCGGGACUGGCGCUGCGGGGAUCCCCAGCGGCCUCCAGCUCUGAGGCUGACCUGAAACCAGGGGGUUCUCGGCAUUUUCUCAGUUCGAACAGCAGCUGGUAGGGCAGGGAGGGGACAGAGAUCCGAGACGGCAGGUGGGACCUCAAGUGGGAUCGCUGAUGGAACGGCAGGGCCGAACAAUGCAGCGGCGGCGGUCGACGGAGGCCGGAAAAAAGGGUCCAAGGGACCACACCAGGGGGAGCGCACACGCAGCACGGCGCGCCAAGGGGGCACCCUCGACGGAACCCCCCAAGCCCCGCUGGUCCUUGACGCAGGAGAGCUUGGCCGCCAUGUCCCCCGCACAGCGCCACCGCCACCUGCUCUUUGGCGACCUGCUGCACGACGUGGGCCUGGCCCCCUCCAUCUUCCCCCGCGAGUCAGUGGAGGUGACACACCGUAUACCUGAUCCGCGCGCCUGGACACAGCCGCUCGAGCCGCCCGGCGAGCCUCAGGACCGGCUCGUCGGCGUCCUCAAGGCGGCAGAGGCCCGCGGACGCGUCCGCGCACUGCGGCUGCGCUACAACCGGCUUCGGGCCGAGGAGAUCCUACUGCUCAUCCAGCACCAGCGGUCUGCGCGCGCCGCCAUGCGGCUCGAGGUGUUCCUGCCGCCGCAGCUGAAGCCCACGCGGAUCCCGGACCCGCUGGACCGUCAGGAGGUGCCCGUGAGCCCAGGGAAAGGCGAAGGGGGCCCCACCAGAAUGCACACGCGACCCCAACCUCUGUCCCCAGCGGCGGCGCGUGGAGACCAUCAUGGAGGACAAGGCCGAGGGCGGCAACUUCCUGCGGUGAUCCCUGCGCACACCCCGCACAUAAAGUUCUCUUCUUCGCACAUGGUCCGGUCCUUCCGCAGAGCCCCAGAAUCCCGCAUGCACGACAAGGUCUGGGGCAGUGCCUCCCACCCACCCAUGAGUACCCAGGACCCACCACUCUGGAAGCUGGAGGCCAGCAAGAGGUGGCCAGGGUGGCUGCAUCAGGGGUCUGCCUGGCACCAGGGUCCUCUUUGUCCCUAGCCAAGGAGAGAUCGGCCACUAGGGAAGCUGGGGUAAGGUAAGGGACUGUUCAGUUCCGGGCCCACCAUCCUCUGCCCUGCUCACCAGGUCUUGCCUGAGAAUUCAAAGGAGUGGUGCGCAGCCUGAGAGGCCAGAGGAUGGGAGGUGGGCAGUGGGGGGUGGACGCCAAGUGACCCAAGGGGGAAGGGAAAGCUUGCCCCUAUCGUAUCAAGUGCCACAGACUGGGGGCUGUGUGUCCUCAGCCUUUGCCCAGCCUCCUGUCCUCAUCUAUGGCCUCACAGUGCUGUCCUCAAGGCCAGGGAAGUGGCAGCCAAUAUCCUGUCCUGGGGU